UGUACUGGUAGUUGGUUUUGUAUCACGUUUGAUGGUGGCUUAUUUAAAGUAGACGUUACUUGUUAGUGAGAUGUUUGUUCUUGUUUCUUUGAAGGAUACCGUUGUAAUUAAGCCUAGUUACAUCGGUUCAGAUAUGAAAGAAAUAAUGGAGCAGGAGCUUAAUUCUCGUUUCUGCAGCAAAGUUAUUUACAAAGUUGGUCUGUGCAUUUCUUUAUGGGACAUUUUGAAAGUUGAAGAAAGCUUUAUAUCAGAUGUCGAUGGUGCCUAUUAUACUACAGUGAGCUUUCGAAUUGUUUGCUUUCGUCCAUUUAUUGAUGAAAUUCUUAUUGGAAUUGUAAAAUCUCUCUCCAAAGCUGGCUUACGUGUGUCACUGAAUUUUUUUGAUGAUGUAUUUAUACCUGCAGAAAACUACGCUCACCUUCAAGAUACGACUAUGAGCAAAAUGCAUGGAUAUGGGAGUAUGCGUACGAAGGUGAAGCAGCUGAAUUGCGCAUUGACAAACAUGAUACGAUUCGAUUUCGUGUAGUUGAAGAAGUUUGGUCUGAUCCAAACCCAGAUAGUGACAAAACUAGCAUUUCAACUUCUAAUGACCCAUUAGAGUGCGGUGAUGGUAAUCCAGACUCUUUAAUUGAACCCAAAGCCCCCUAUACAAUAAUCGGUUCCGUUGUAGCUGAUGGACUAGGUGUAACUUGUUGGUGGGUCAGUUAACCUGAAAAAAACUUUUGAUAUGAUAUUUUUGUUUAUAAUGUGUCUGUUUAUAGCGGAUACAAUGCGAAUUCGUAUAGAGUCUUCUAAAUAACUGUACAAUAAAUCAUUUGGUAAUGGAAUGUGAUCACUAUGGUUUGAAAUAAUAACUGGAUCUUUAUAGUCUGCAUAUUGAUUCGAUUUCGAAUUCUCGUGACUGUUUUCUAUUUCCCUAAUUAAUUUUUUGAUGUUUAAAACAAAGCAUAAUUUAUUCUGGAAACCAUUUAAACACAUAAAUUCAUACCAUGUACGGCAUACGAUUGAAU